AUGUCAGGGCCUGGACUCUUGCUUCCAAAGAAGAACAAGCAUGAUAAAACAGCUGCCCCCAAGGGCCCUACAGGGACAGUGUCCCCUGGGGCCCUCCCAUUUGCCCUACCAGGUGCGGCGCCCCCAGAGGCCCUCCUAGGGGCGGUGGUGCCACCAGGGGAUCACAAAAGCGUCAGCGACCCCAGGGGCUCUCCAAGGGGCCCUCCCCGGGACGGUGGCGAAUGCAAAGACUCUCUCAGCGGAUGUGGCGACCCCAGGGGCCCUCCUAGGGGCGGCGGACAGCACAGGGGCGUCGACGACCCAAGAGGCCCUUCCAGGGGAGUCGACGCAUUCAAAAGGCCCUCCGAUGGGUGGCAGAGCCCCCAGGGACCCCCCUAG